GGGGUCUGUGGAGGCUGGGGGUGCAGGGGCAUCCAUGCCAGCAGUGAAGGUGGGAGCCGUGGGUUAGGCUCUCACGGCUGCAGAGGUGAAGGCAUUCGUGCGGUGCACGUCAACGAGAGCCUGCUGCGGCCUCUCGAUGUGAAGAUCGACCCCGAAAUCCGGCACAUCCGAAAGCAGGAGAGAGAGCAAAUGAAGAGCCUCAAUAACCAGUUUGCCUCUUUGAUUGACAAGGUGCAGCAUUUGCAGCAGCAGAACAGGGUGCUGGCCACCAAGUGGGAUCUCCUCCAGAAGCAGGUCCUGCCGUCCCAGAAGAACAUCAAGCACGUCUUCAACAGCUUCAUCUGCAGCCUGCAGAGGCGCCUGGACUCCCUGCUGCAUGAGAAGGGGCAGAUGGAGCUGGAGCUGAACGACGCGGGGAAGCUUGUUGAAGAGUUCAGAUGCAAAUACGAACAGGAACUGAACAGACGCACAGCGGCCGAGAAUGAGUUUGUGUUACUGAAGAAGGAUGUGGACCGUGUCUAUCUGGCCAAGAUAGAGCUGGAAGCAAAGGUGGAAACCCUGAAGCAGGAGAUAGAGUUCCUGCAACGUGUUUCUGCUCAGGAAAUGACUGAGCUGGAGAGAAGUCCCUGUGACACAUCUGUUGUCAUGAAAAUGGACAACAACCGAGGCCUGGAUGUGGAGGGCAUCCUCAGGAGCAUCGAGUGCUGGUAUGAGGACAUAGCUCAGAAAAGCAAAGCAGAGCUGGAUGCACUCUACAGGAUGAGGUACCAAGAGCUCCAGGAGGCAAAGAGGAGACAUUGCAAUGAGCUGAAGUCCCAGCAGCAAGGGAUUGAAGAGCUGAGUUUUGAGAUCCAGAAAAGGCAGUGUGACCUUGAAAACGUGAAGAAGCAGGUAUCCUCUCUGCAAGCGUCAGUUAGUGACACUGAGCAUCAUGGGGACUGUGCCCUGAAAGAUGCCCGGGAGAAGCACGUGGAGCUGCAGAAUGCCCUGCAGAAGGCCAAGGAUGAGCUGGCCUGCAGGCUGCGGGAUUAUCAGGAGCUGCUGAACAUCAAACUGGCCCUGGAUAUUGAGAUUGCAACGUAUAAGACCCUACUGGAGGGUGAGGAGAGCAGGAUACGCCUCGGGAGCCCUGUGAGAGUGUGUAAGUAA